AUGACAAGUUUUGUAUCUUCACCUAAUAGAUUACCUUCAGAAGCAGAGAAUUUGUUUGUGUCAUCACAACCCCCUUCGUCCAUUGGACAAUCGGGUGCUAUAAGAUCAUCGAAUUUGUUUAGUGAUAAUAAUCCAUCUCAAAUACCUUCUCAACCUUCAUUACCUUCAUCAACUGCAAUUGCUGGUAGAAGAAGAAAUAUUCAAGUUCCAAAAGUUGUUGAUGUUACGGCUGAAAAGGUAAGAGAGAGUUUCGAAUUCUUCUUACUAGAUUUUGCCCUUGAUAAUUCCGAUUCUGAUGAAAAGAUUUAUUUAACUCAAAUUAACAAUAUGAAAACUUUUGAAAUUAGUACUUUAUACAUUGAUUUCCAACAUUUGUUAGAGAAAGAAAAUGGGGUUUUAGCUCAAGCUAUUAUCGACCAAUAUUAUAGAUUCUAUCCUUUCUUAGUUAAAGGUUUGAAAAAUAUCAUUAAGAAAUAUGUUCCUACUUUAUUGUAUAUUUCCAUGGUUAAUAACGAUGAUAACGAUAUUGGAAGUGAAACUACUUCUUCAGCUUCGAAUCAGUCCAAUGAAAGAGUUUUCCAGAUCUCCUUCUUCAAUUUACCUUCAAUAAAUAAAAUCAGGGAUAUAAAGAGUGAAAGAAUUGGUAAGUUAAUGUCAAUUUCAGGUACUGUCACUAGAACUUCGGAAGUUAGACCUGAAUUAUAUAGGGCAAGUUUUACUUGUGAUUUAUGUUCAGCAAUUGUAGAAGGUAUUGAACAAAUUUUCAAGUAUACUGAACCAACAUCAUGCCCUUCUUGUGAAAAUCAAUCAUAUUGGACAUUGAAUAUCAACAAAUCUCAAUUUAUUGAUUGGCAAAGAGUUAGAAUCCAAGAAAACUCCACGGAAAUUCCAACUGGUUCAAUGCCUAGAACUUUAGAUGUAAUCUUAAGAGGAGAAACUGUUGAAAAGGCAAAACCUGGUGAUAAAUGUAAAUUUACUGGUACUGAAAUUGUUUUACCUGAUAUUUCACAAUUGGGAUUACCCGGUUUAAAACCUCAAAGUAUCAGAGAUAAUAGAAAUCAAUCAUCAGAAUUGAGUACAGGUGUAACAGGUUUAAAGGCUUUAGGGGUUAGAGAUUUGACUUACAAAUUAGCUUUCUUUGCUUGUCAUGUUUCAUCAGUCUCUAAGAAAAAUGAUGAAGAAAUUAAUGAAGAAGAAAGUUCAGUAGAUGAACAAGAAAUGUUUUUGACUUCCUUAACCGAUUCUGAAGUUAAUCAAUUGAAAUCAAUGGUCAAAGAUAAUUAUAUUUACGAUAAAUUGGUUCAAUCAGUAGCUCCAGCAGUCUUUGGUCACGAAGUUAUUAAAAAGGGAAUCUUGUUACAGUUAUUAGGAGGUGUCCACAAACAAACUGUUGAUGGUAUUAAUUUAAGAGGUGACAUCAAUGUCUGUAUUGUUGGAGAUCCUUCAACUUCAAAAUCUCAAUUCUUGAAAUAUGUUUGUAGUUUUAGUCCUAGAAGUGUUUAUACUUCAGGUAAAGCUUCAUCAGCUGCAGGUUUAACAGCUGCUGUUGUCAAAGAUGAGGAAAGUAAUGAACAUACUAUUGAAGCUGGGGCUUUAAUGUUAGCUGAUAAUGGAAUUUGUGCUAUUGACGAAUUCGAUAAAAUGGAUUUAAGUGAUCAAGUUGCCAUUCAUGAAGCUAUGGAACAACAAACAAUUUCCAUCGCCAAAGCCGGAAUUCAUGCCACUUUGAAUGCCAGAACUUCUAUUUUAGCUGCUGCUAAUCCAAUUGGUGGUAGAUAUAAUAGAAAAUUAGGUUUAAGAGCCAAUUUAAAUAUGACAGCUCCAAUUAUGUCUAGAUUCGAUUUAUUCUUUGUUAUCUUGGAUGAUUGUAAUGAAAGAAUCGAUACUCAAUUGGCUAGUCAUAUCGUUGAUUUACAUAUGUUAAGAGAUGAUGCUAUUGAUCCACCUUAUACAGCUGAAGAAUUAUCCAGAUAUAUUAAAUAUGCUAAAACUUUCAAACCUAGAAUGACCAAAGAUGCUAGAAAUUUCUUGGUCGAAAAAUAUAAAGAGUUAAGAAGCAAUGAUGCUCAAGGUUUAGGUAGAUCUAGUUAUAGAAUUACUGUUAGACAAUUAGAAAGUAUGAUAAGAUUAAGUGAAGCUAUUGCUAGAGCCAAUUGUACUGAAGAAAUUACUCCAAGUUUUGUUUCUGAAGCUUAUGAUUUAUUAAGACAAAGUAUUAUUAGAGUUGAAAUGGAUGAUAUCCAAAUUGAUGAUGAUCAAGACGAUGAUGAAGAUAAUGAUCAAGAUAAUCAAGAUGACGACCAAGGUGACGAACAUCAACAACCUCAACAACCUGAAGAAAGAGAACCAAAAGCUGUCACCAUUACUUAUGAUAAGUAUAUCUCCAUUAUGAAUCUUAUUGUCAAGAAGGUUAUGGAAGAUGACAACAAAGAAGGUAAUGGAUUAACUGGAGAAGAAUUAGUUAAUUGGUACUUAACCCAAAAGGAAGAAGAUAUUUUAAGUGAACAAGAUUAUUAUGAAGAAAGAUCUUUAUGUUACAAGGUAUUGAAGAGAUUAGUUAAGGAUAAAAUUUUAAUGAAUAUCUUACAAAGUGAUGAGUUACCUCAAGAUUCGAAUAUCGAAAUUGAUAGAUCAAAUAUGGUUUAUGUUUUGCAUCCAAAUUGUCAAAUUUUAGAUUUCUUCGAUCAAGCUCCAACUGAAGAAACUGAGGAAACGGAUUAA